GGAAUGUUUGGAAUUCAACCGUUGCGUCCCGCCGCAAACGAAUUUAAUGCGCGUGCGUAUGUGUUAUACACCGACCGACUACAACGCGGCGCUACUACCACAGACCACUGUUUUACCGCUGCUACCACAGACCACUGUUUUACCGCUGCUAUCUGUCGAGAACGACGCUACAUGCGAUUGGUUGUUCGAGCCGUCAGUUGUGUGCUACUGCGGUAUCUUUAAAUCUUUUGCUGCACGCACGACGUCGUCAGCGCCAUAGCCGUUGCCAUCACCACAGUUUCGACACAAAACACAAGUACAACCGCCGGCAGUUCGCCACCAUUAUAACAGUUUUCGAUCAGCACCAUCGCCGCCGGCAGACGGCAGUGUCCACGUCACCAUCAUCGCGGCCUCGUGCAUUGUCAACGCGAAAAACAUCCGUUAUAUUAAUAUUAUGAAUUCUCUCGAUGAAACUGCCAAUGCAUCCGGAAUGGAGCAGGGUAAAAGCAGUACAGUGGUUUUGGCACUGUUAAUCACCAUCGUGUUCAGUGGCGUGUUUUUUUUCUUGAUGCGGUUGGCUCGUCCGGCGGCUCGUCCGGCGGCCCGUCAGGCGGCCCGUCCGGCGGCUCGUCCGGCGUCUCGUCCUGCGACUCGUCCGGCGGCUCGUCUGACUGCACGUUCCCAACGUGGAGGGACCGUGGACGGACGAAGAAACAAGAGAUCAGGCACCUCGGCUAAUCAGAAAGAAAAUGUACGGCCAGCAUCAUACUCUGCCAAUACGGGAAGUAACAGUUUCUCAAAUCCCAGCGGUUCUAACAGCAAAAACGGUGACAAGGAAAAAAGAAACCAGCGUCGUUCGUCGUCUUGUUCGUCGCAUAGCCAAGUUGACGAGGAUCAUCUGGUUGCAAUGGACAGCAUGGAUCAAUUGUCAUCUGUAGACGAUGAUCUAGACCAAGGCGAAUGGAUUACUAUGGUAAUAUAAACAAUUAUAUUAUACUUAUUUGCAUAGAUUAAAUGAAAUUAAAUAGUUAUACCUAUCUAAAAUUAUAUUACAAAAUAGGAUGCAUUGGCUGUAUAAUUAUGCCUUAUAGGUUAUAAGGUUAGAAGUUUUUUCACCAAUUUUGUUUGAGACGUCUUAUGGGGUUGUCAGGAAGUGUCAUUGAGGCCAAUUGUGAAAUAAGGUGGUUGGGGUUCGUAAUGAGUUUCCCGUGUAACCUUUUGUAGAAGAUGAUUGCUAUAUCGUGGAUGAUUUUGAUUGAGAGGUCGUCAUGGAGUAAUUUGUUCAUUAUGUACAAUGGAGCUUUUGUGAUGAUACACAGACAUAUAAAUUGAAUGAAAAGAUUGAAUUGUUUGGCGAUUUGAUUUUUUAGCUAAGCCCCAGAGUAUGAUGCCGUAGGUCUAUAUGGGACGAAGGAGACUUUUAUUGAUGAGAAGUUUAUUUUGAAUAUUGAUGGUAGACCUGAGUAAGGGUCUUAAUAGGUGAAGUUUGCCGUUUAGAUUUAGAAUCAAAAAUUGUUUGAAUUUUAGAUAUUUUUUUUGUGUAUAUUUGUAGGCAUACCUAGGUAUUUUGUGUACAUUACCUAUAACUUCUGAGCCUUAAUUGAUGGCCUAUUAAUGUCUUCUUAAUGGUUCGACAUUCUUAACUUUCUCUUUUAGCACCCAGUUCUGUAUCAUUCCUACUUAACAAGAACUACCUUUGAUGACCGCAACCAUUUAUUGUAUUGCAUACUUUGUAGUACAAUUUAUUAUUAUAUAUUACAUUAAAAUACAAUUAAUUUGGUUUCAUUUUAUUAUUUUAUAGUAUUUUUGUAAAAAAAUGUUUGUAUUCAUUAGUAAUAUCUUUGUUUUUUAAUAUUGUAUUUCUGAUAUCCAGUUGGCUAUUGUGAUGCUGCAUAAUAAUAAUAAAAUAAUAUUUACUUAAAAAAAUAAAAUAAUACAAAUAUAAUAUAUUAUAGUUACUGGAUACCAUAACAUUUAAAGUUGUCUAAAAAAAAUUUAGACAUUUUUAAAGUUAAUAUGUUUUCAAUUUAAUUAAAUAUUUUUAACUAUUUAAAAUUUUAAAAGAAAAUAUUUGGGAAAUAUAAAGUUAAUGGUGUUUAUAGUAAUAAAAUGUUUAGGUAGUAUACCAAAAAUCAACAUAUUUAUAGAAAUUAAAUUGAAUAUAGAAGGAUGUACAGUAUGUGUCAAGCGCAACUUGUAAAAUAACAAUCUUUUUGUUUACUUAAAAUAAAAAAGUUUUUAACUAUACUCCGGCUCACGUAAACCGUUUUGCUAUUAAAACACAUCCAAUUACGCACAUGUAUACAUUGAAUAACAAUAGAACAAAAUGGGGUGAAAUAGUCACUGUCAUCAGUCUACAUGCGCGAAACAGUUUACUUUUUUCUGGAAGAGAGGCCGGAGUGUAGGUAUAGUUUUUGGUACAUACUUUUGAGUUGAUAUUAAUAACACUUAACAUCAGAAAAUAUAUUUUUACUAAUAUUAGUUAUUUAUUAGCUAUAUUUACAAAUAAAACUAGGUAAUGUAUUGGUUAUAAUAGUGUUGAGCAUAUGAUAUGUACCUAAUUGUUUAAUAUGUAAUAGUAACAUUUUUAUUUAUUUCAGACCAGCGGUAGCAGUAGUUCACCAACUAAUACUUCUACAAUCAUCAACAAUAGUGGAAGCGAAUCAAACCGAAAGAAGAAUCAACGGGGUGACGAUAGUGUAACUGUCACUACGAAGGCUGAACGCCGUCGAAUUCAGCAAGAAAAAGAACAGCUACAACAACAACAACUACACCAACAACAACUACACCAACAACAACUACAACAACAACAACUACAGCAACAACAACUACAACAACAACUACAGCAACAACAACUACAACAACAACUACAGCAACAACAACAACAACUACAGCAACAACAACUACAGCAACAGCUAAAGCGCGAGAAAGAAAAUAAACAGUCCCAGCCACCACAACGUCGAAAUGACAAGCAGUUGCCUUCACAACAGCAGCAACAGCCUCAACAACAGUCAUUAAGAUCUCAGCAACAUCAAGUUGUUAUUCCAUCUGUGACUGUGGUUCCAACGAUUGUAGUUACUACCCCAAAUACCUCGGUUGUGCAAAUUUCCAGUUCACAGAACUCGCGGGAAAACAAUGUCAAGACUGUGCAGUGUGCGGAAUAUGAUUCAGUCGUGACUAUGAUGACAGAAACACUGUCUAAAACGGAAGAAGAUGUACGGACUGAAAAUGAUUUGUCUGUGAAAUCCUUGCAGGCUGAGCAUGACAAGGAGCUAAAGGCAUUGCAAAUCGAGCACGAAGUGAAUGUCAAACAAUUGCGUGAGGAAACCGACAAUUGGCGUACAAAUUACAACACGGCGACUGAAAAGUUGCGCAUUUUAGAGGGAGAUAACACAUCAGCUAAACAACUGCGUGCUGAACUUGAUACUAAAAUUAAGACAUUGCAUGCAGAAUAUGGUGUCAAGUUGGCGGAUUUACAAGCCAAGCAUAAGGCAGAGAUCGAUAAUUUGUGUGUGGAACUUAAAAAUCUUCGGCAGAUUGUGAUUCAAGACAAGCAGGUUAUUGAAAAUGAUGCUAAGGAUAUGUUAACUGAGCAAGAAAUUAUUAUUCAAGGAUUACGCGAAGAAAACAAGAAUCUACAGAAAGAGCUCGAGACUGCCAAUCUUUUACUGCAGGAAAUUAAGGAUAAACAGGUUGAACAUGAGACUGCGGUUCAAAGUUUAAUUGAGAAAAAUAAAAAUCUGAUCGCAGAGCAUGAGGCCACAUUGGUUGGCCUGCACAAAGAGACCGAUAAGUUAAGGACUGAGCAAGAAACCACUGUACUUAAUAUAAUUAAAGAAAAAGAAAAUAUAAAUACAGAACAUGAAACUGAAGUGCAAGGACUGCGUGAAGAAAUCAAGAAAUUGAAAAAUGACCACGAAAUGGCAGUAAGAGCAUUGCGUGUAGAAAAUGAAAAAGUCCGGAUUGAUAAUGAUGGUAUACGAAAAGAGUUCAAAGAAGUAGAAGCUGCAAACAGAGGCCUCCAUGUUGAAAAUGAAAAUCUUCGCGCUGUUCAUGAAAUGUCAAUUUUACAACUGCGCGAAGAAACUGAUAAUAAACACCGGGCUACCAUCAAAAGUUUACAGACAAACCAUGAUGCUGCUGUCGGUGUAUUGCAAAUGGAGCAUGACUCAUUAGUACAACUUUUACGCGCAGAAAAAGAAUCCUUACGUGCUGAACUUGAGUCCACACUUGCUAAUCAUUUAGUGGAAAAACAAAAUUUGCAUAUGGAAUAUGAGAGUUGUAUGGAUGAACUGCGUGCUAAGCACGAGAUUGAGCUAGAUAAUUUGUGGCAAAAGCAAAAGUCGGUGGAAGAAAAAGCACAACAACUUGCUGACCGUAAUGCGAAAGUUAUUAAACAGCAGAAAAUCGAUAUUGAGCAACUUGAACAACAGAUAAUCGAGUUACAGCAUGUUUCAACCACUAAAACAAAGGUGAGAUUUUUUGGGGAUUUCGUAAAAUACUGUCUGGUAUAGUGAUAAUAUUAUACUUUAUUUAAGUAACUUAAGGACUAUAAACUAGUUGUUACAUUCUAGUAUUCUAUAUUAUUAAAAAUAAAAUUACUAAAAUUUGAUAUUCCUUGUAUUUUUAGGGCCAGCAGACAACUCAGGUUCAAAACACCCUCACUACAGAAAUAAACACACUUAAAACACAAAAUCAAAAUCUGCACCAUAAUAUGGCAUAUUACAAACAAGUUAUUAUUGAUAUGGUAUGUAUGUGUGUAUUAUGUGUAAUACCUUGUAUAAGAAAGGGGGCAGUGACAUAUUUGAGACUUAAGAAUAUUGUAGAAUAUAUUUAUUUCAUUAGUAUUUCUACUUGGUUUGAAAAAUUUUAAAGUUAUUUGUUUAAAUUUUCACAAAAAUCUUGAGUAAAAAAUUAUGUAGAACAAAUAUAGUUUUUCAAUUUUUUGUAGUUAUGAAGAAGGGUGCAGUGGAAAACCAAAAAAAUCACUUUCAAACUGAGAACAUUAUAAUUUUUUUUUUUCAAAAGUUUGGAUUAAGUUUAAUGUUAAACUUUUAAAUGUAGUGACCACAACAUUAUUAUGUCAUAUUAUAUUAUUAACUAAGGCUAUAGUUGUGUAUUAACUCAACACUUGGUUAAAAUGAUUCAUCUUUUUUUUUCCCUGUGGGCCUAAACUUCUGAUAUUCAUUAAUCAUUACUUUAGAUUAAUCUGGUUUUUUGUCAUUUUGGAAAAAAAGUGACUUCUGGUUUAUUCCCUGUACCCUUCAUAUGUACAUUACUAAUUUAAGAAUAAUGGUGAAGUCAGAAUUGAGUUGGUUUAAAAAAUAUAGCUUUUUUAAGUUGUGAUAUUAAAUGCUAUGUUUAAAUUACUCAAUAUUGUUAGUUUCAUAGUCUAAUGAUGGUAAGUUCCUGUUGUCAGCUAGAAGUCACAAAUUCUGAAAACUAUUUUUACAUUUGGGUGUACAUAGAGAUCCAAGCCAUUACUCGCUUGGACUAUUUUAACCAAGAAAUACUCCUCGAUUUAUGGUGUAAACUAUUUUACCAGAAAUUGCUCUGAUGUAUCAAGUGUAGCACCUUUUCUGAAAGAAAAUUUUAUCUGUAUGGUACUUAAGGAGGUAAUUUUUUUGAUUUUCAUAACUUUGGGGAAAAACCAGGAUAAAAUGUCGGGAAAAAUUAGGACAAUUUAUGAAAAUAUCAUAGUGACGUAAAAUUUGUACAGAAAAUUUGCUUUUUCUAAUCAUGGUUAAGCUGUAAAAACAUUUGAGCUAAUCUUUGUUUACAGAUAUACAUUAAAUUCCCCACAUUCCCAACUUCUCAUCUACAACAGUGGUCCACCCAUUAUGUGAAUUAUGUCAGUCUUUUUUUUUUUUGAUUUUCAACUUUUCAAAAAUAAUAUUAAAUGUUAAUUUCCUUAAACAUUAUCAGGGCUUGGAAUUUAUAACACUAAAAAUAACAGAAAUUGCUAUAGUAUGACCUAACAAAUCUUAAAAUAAGUACUAUAAUAUGACCUAAAAUCAUAAAAUAUGUUAUGGCAUACCAUAAAAACAUAAAAAAAAAUAGCAAUAAGAUAAUUUAUUUGUUUUUAAUUUUUAAAUUCUGAGCAGUGUAAAAAAUGUUUUAGUUUUACAAUGAUGUUUAUUAUUAUUUUUUUUGUGUGAACACUUUUUCUACCAGAAAGCUUACUUCGAUUAUCAGUUAUAGUACCUUUCCUGAAAGGAAAUUUUCUCUGGAUGGUAAUUUUUUGAAAUUUUCAAUAAUAUUCGAGAUAAUGAGGAAAACCUCGGUCUUUAGGUUAAAAAAAAUUAAAAGAUUAAAAAUAAGGUUGUCAUUAGCAACUGUUUUUAUUAUUUUAAUCUUUUUUAAACAAUUAUUGUUGUCAUGGAAAUGCACAUUAUUGUAAUCAUUUUAACAUAGUAUGACAUAUGUAUUGUUGACAAAGUAACAUUAUCAACUGAAUUCUGCUCAGAAUUCAGUAGCAAUGGUUUAUCGUUGCUUACAGAUAUACAUUAAAUUCCCGUCUGUAUCCUGUUUCUUUCGAACUUCCUACCUACAUUAGUAGCUGCACCCACAUGCAAAGUAUAUCCAUUUUUUUUUUUUUUAAAUAUAUAAGCGCAAAUAUUUAAGAGUCAUAAAUAUAAACUGCCAGAUGGAACAAUACACAUUUCUACUUGAACAUAGACUAUUAUAUGAACGAAAAUAUAGGUAAUUUUCUUAUGGAUUCACAAAAAUGACAGUUUUUUUCAGUUAUUUAUGAAAUAUACAAAAUAAAUUAUUAUAUUAUGUAUAUUAGCGAAAAACCGUAUAAAAUUUCAUAUUGGGAGUCCUUAGUGCUCAAAACAAAUGUAAAGUUCACUCUGCUAUAAUUAACUGUGUAAUAAUUAGCAAAUGAUGUAAAAUCUGAGUGCUGCUUAUUAUACUCAUUAAAGUAUUAUUUGAAGAUUCAAGUGCUUCUUUUGCUCUGUAAAACCGGCACUUGAAGGGGGUGUUCUUAAAAUUGAUGUUAUUAAGUUAUUAAAAAUAUAAUGAUUCACUUAAUAUUGAAAGAAUAUGCUUUUCCAUUUUGAAAAAGUAUUAUGUUUACAAUAUUUUACUGAUUUAAUGUUAUUUUUUGUGUAGGAAGAAAUCUUGAGAUGUUUAUGUGAGAAUGUGGAAAAAGAAGAAAUGAAAUGGACUUUAAAUUUGGCUGACCUUCACCGAAAACUGGAGAAUACACACCUUCAGUUGACUGAAGUGUAUAGACAACUGGAUAUAACGCGUAGGGAGUUGGAUGAAGCACACAGUCAACUGGAUAUUGCACACAGUAAGUUAGAAGUAAUACCUAAUCAAUUGGAUGAUAAACCCAACCAGUUAGUAGAAGUACCCAACCAGUUGGAUAACUGUGUUUCUAAAAAAAAUAAUCAUAGCAAAAGUAAGCGAAAGAGGAGUAAUAGAAAAAAAGGCAGUGGUGUGGCAGAAGUGAAAUAAAUUUUUUUUUAAAUAUAUGAUUCACUUAAAUCUCAUACAAAUAACCUUUAAUAGGUAGACUUUAUAAUUUGUAUAAAAAAAAAAGACAAUAAAACAUAUUUUUUAUAUUGCAAAUGUUUAUAUAUUUAUAUUAUAUAUAUAUAUCAAUAAUAAUAUAUUAUAGAUAAUUUAUAUUUAUAUGUUUAUUAUACACAUGUAUGAAUCCUAAUAAUGAUCUGCUGCGGCAAUAUUGUACAUAAUUUUGUUAAAUUAUUAUUAUUUUUAAUCACUAGCAAACUACCACCUUAUUAUUUGUAUCCAUUCUCUAUACUCAUAGUGGCAGUCAUUAUCUUGUAUGUACUUAAUCAGUUUAUACAUAAUAUAUAUCAAGUGAUCCAUUUAAUUGGGUACACUCAUUAUAUCGGAAAGUAUUAACUUUUUUUCUGAAUUUGUUUUCUAAUACAUUUAAGCUGCUCUACAAUUUUAUAUUUAUGUUAUUUUUUGUCACCCUAUUUUUGAGAGUAAAAUCACUAUCUACUUUUGAUUUUUAAUGUAGGUUGCUUUUUGAAAAUCAAAAGAAGAUAGUAAUUUACUCCCCCAAAAAGGUACCGAAAAAAAAACAUAAAUAUAAAAUUUUAGAGAAGUUUGUUUUUUUAAAUAUUCUAUAAAACAAAUUUCAGAAAAAGUUAACAUUUCCUAAGAUAAUGAAUGUACUCAAAUGGAUAUCCUAAUAUACCUACUAUUAUAAUAUAAUAUAAAGUAUACUUAAUUAUUAUACAUGAUUUUUGUGGUAGCAGAAAUCAUGAGUGUAUCAGUUUAUUAUAUUAUAAAGUUAACUAUUUACUAUUAUUGUGUAAUGUUAUAUUGUAACAAUAAUUUUAUUAUUAUUAUUAUUAUUAUCAUGUAUUCCUUAACAAUUUUUAUUGUGGUAUUUUGUAUCUAUUUACCAUGUUACCCACUUACAAAUACUUAAUUUGUUUACUAAUUAUUCUUGGGUAUUUUUUUCUAUUAUAAUAUGUAAUAUUAUUUUUAUGUAUACUUUCAACUAUUACAAAACUGUUUAUCAGUGUGUAUUAUUAUUAUCAUAAGAUUAUACUUAAAUUAAAUACUCUGUGUAUAAAAACUUAUAUUUUUUAUUGGCAAAUAUUGUGAUUUGUUUUAUUACUAUUAUUAUUUAUGUUAAAGUAAUUGCAACAAUUAUUAUAAAUUUAAAUAUGAUUUACCUUUUAUGCAAAUUGAAUAUGAUAAAAUGUUAAUUUUUUUAUUUAUUGUUCACGAG